AUGGCAAAACUGUUCAAAGUUACUUCGAAACAAACAAAUAUUAAACGGAAACAUCUAUCUCAAUCUGAUUCUAUCUAUCUAUCUAUCUAUCUAUCUAUCUCAGUCUCUUUGUAUGUUAUCUAUCUGUCUAUCCCAGUCUCUUCACAAUCUUUCAUGAAUCUGUUCAUAUCUAUCUAUCUAUCUAUCUAUCUAUCUAUCUAUCUAUCUAUCUAUCUAUCUCAGUCUGUUCAUAUCUAUCUAUCUAUCUAUCUAUCUAUCUAUCUAUCUCUUCGUUCUUUUCAUGAAUCUGUUCAUAUCUAUCUAUCUAUCUAUCUAUCUAUCUAUCUAUCUCAGUCUGAUCAUUAUCUAUCUAUCUAUCUAUCUAUCUAUCUAUCUAUCUAUCUCAGUCUGUUCAUAUCUAUCUAUCUAUCUAUCUAUCUAUCUAUCUAUCUAUCUAUCUAUCUAUCUCUUCGUGUCUUAUCUAUCCAUCCUAGUCUUUUCAUGAAUCUGUUCAUAUCUAUCUAUCUAUCUAUCUAUCUAUCUAUCUAUCUAUCUCAGUCUUCUUUUCAUGAAUCUGUUCAUAUCUAUCUAUCUAUCUAUCUAUCUAUCUAUCUAUCUAUCUAUCUCAGUCUGAUCAUUAUCUAUCUAUCUAUCUAUCUAUCUAUCUAUCUAUCUAUCUUCCAUGUUCAUUUAUCUAGCAAACGAUCUUGUCUUCGCUUUAUCAUUUUCCGUCUAAUUGUAUUUACUUUACCGGCUUCAAAAUGA